AUGGAGGGUAAGAAGACUGUCGGACAUCAAACAAUCUCCAUGGGAAAAAAUGAAAACGAAGUUCUUCAAUAUGCCUCAUUUUCAAAACGUCGAUUGAGUUUAUAUGAAUUGGCUGGUGAACUCAUUCAACAACAUGAUGUUGACAUAGGAAUAGUUCUUUUUUCUCCAACAAAUAAGCCUCAUUCAUUUUUCCACCCAACUGCUGAAACAGUUACUCAACAUCUUUUGAAUCCAAAUAUAGAAUUAAGUGACACUACACAACUUGCUGCGACAUGUGUUCGAAACAAUGUGAAUGAAAUCGAAUUUAAACUAGCAGAGUUUAAAAUUAGAGAAGAUGUUGCAAGCAAGCAAACCAUUAUACUUGAUCAAGCCAUAGAGAUGAGAGAAAUUGGUUGGUGGGAGGAAAUUGAAAAGCUCAAAAGUGAUGAGUUAACUCAGUUUGAAGCUUGGCUAAAUGUUGCUGAUUCUAACAUGAAAUAUCGUCUAGAGCAAUUGGAAAAUGAAGUUGCAUCUAAUGUUUCAUAG